AUGGAAAAUGUCGACGUAGAACUUGGAGAAGUAGACAAUAUCCGUGACACUGUCCAUGUACUUCUUGGUUGUGUCCAAAAAGUGCAGAAUGGUAAGGUGCAAUUUUCACCCAUUUACAUGGCUCCAACUAGGCUCCGAAACCUCAGUCCCAAUUCUUUCAAUCCACGAGUGGUUUCUAUUGGACCUCUGCACAAAGAAGAUAAAAGCCUGCAAAUAACUGAAGGAGAGAAAUAUACUUAUCUGCAUGAUCUAGUGUCCCGUUUAGAUUCCCCACCUGAGCAAACACUGAAAGCGUGUGCACAGAAGGUGAAUGCUUCAAUAGAUCGAAUCAGGGCAUGUUACAACGGGAUGAAGACCUAUAGUGACGUCGACCUUUCCAAAAUAAUGGUUAUGGAUGGUUGUUUCAUACUCGAAUUCAUAUUCAAGCUUUUCCGAUAUGGCACAUCAAUUACCUACAACCUAUUGUUUGUCAGGUCUGUUGCUCUAGACCUCGUGUUGAUAGAAAAUCAGAUGCCUUUCUUUGUUCUUCAAGACAUAUUUGAGUGCACUAUUUUGAAAAUGGAUCCAGAAGCCUCCCUUACAACUAUGCUUAGUUAUUUACUAGAAUACAUCAAUCCCUUUUCAGGGAAUUUUAAUAUCGAAAAUAUUGGCCAAGAAACAACUCAUGAUCAUAUUCUAGGCCUUCUUCACAAACUUUACCUUCCUUCACAUCCUAAGCCAUCAAACGUUUCCUCACUUCCAAUAGCCCACUCAGCUCUAGAACUAUACAGGGCUGGAGUGAAAUUUCAACCUAAUAGAAAUAUGACAUGGCCAUUGGCCAUGGACCUGAAAUUCUGUACGUAUUCAGUCUUUUCCUUGUUUGGGGCUAAGCCAAAUCUCAGUAUUCCAGUAAUCUGUAUAAACGAUGUCACCGAGGUGGUUUUGAGGAACCUGAUUGUAUACGAGCAGUACACUCCAGUUUAUAAUUACGUGACCUCAUAUGCCAUGGCCAUGAAUAUGCUUGUUGAUACUCCGGUGGAUAUUUGCAAGUUGGUAGAAUCGAAAGUUGUUAUAAACCACUUAGGUUCAAAUGAAAAGGCUGCGAAAAUGAUGAACACAAUAUGCAAAGAGGUUACUUUUCAAGAUUUCUAUUACACUGAACAGUGGGAAAACAUGGAUAGAUACUACAACGGUUACUUUCCUAGAAAUCUGGCUAAGUUGAAGAGGUACUAUUUCAGUGGUCCAUGGCAUGCGGUUGUCGUAGUUGGUGGAAUUCUGAUGUUUGCUAUUACUGUGGUUCAAACCAUCUUUACUAUCAAACCUAUUUGA